GGAAACAACACUGAGAAACAGCGGCAAAGCCCACGCAGCCCGGGAGCAGCCUGCAGACACCCACUCUGGCUCCUCCCGCCUGCAGGCUACCCAACGCCAGCCACCCAACCCGGAGCCUCUCGCUGCACCCAGAGCUCCUCGCCCCGCCCCGCGCCUCUCGCCCCGCCCAGCGUCCCUCACCCCGCUCAGAAGCCCCUGUGGCCCAACCUCCUGGGCUUCAACCUGCAACUGUCACCCUGCCCAGCGCCUGGUCGGCCACGAGGAGGGGACGCCUGAGCGGUGGGUUUGGCGAGAGGGUGAUUACCUUUUCCAGUUUCACCCCAGGCCACCCGAGACGGGAAGAAGCAGCGACGAGGUCGCGGAUGGCAUGGCAGAACCCCUCGGCAGGGGAGCAGCUGCAGCAACAGCACGUCGCGUGCCAGGUCUUCCCCGAGCGGCUGGCUCAGGGGAAGCCCCAGCAGGGAUUUCUCUCCGGCUUCUUCACCAACAACCAGAAGUGCCAGCUCAUGCUCAUGAAGACGCUGCAGACAAAUCCAUAUGUCAAACUUCUACUCGAUGCCAUGAAGCACUCAGGUUGUGCUGUUAACAGAGAAAGACACUUUUCUUGUGAAGAUUGUAAUGGACAUGUCAGUGGAGGUUUUGAUGCUUCAGUGUCUCAGAUUCGAGCUGCUAACCUUAGUGGAGACUGUUCACUUGUAAAUGAAAUAUUCAGGUUACGUUUUGGAUUAAAACAACACCAUCAGACUUGUGUGAGAGACAGAGCCAUUCUUUCUAUUCUGGCUGUUAGGAAUAUCAGCAAAGAAGUAGCUCAAAAGGCUGUUGAUGAAGUUUUUGAAUCUUGUUUCAAUGACCACGAACCUUUUGGAAGGAUCCCACAUAACAAGACUUAUGCAAGAUAUGCUCAUAGAGACUUUCAAAAUCGUGAUCGAUAUUACUCAAAUAUAUGAGGACAAUGACAUUUUAUAUUACAGAGCCUCAGUGAUCAUGGAGAAAAUAUGGUUAUCAAGUGCACAAAUGUAUAAAAUGUGAAUGAUCAAUUAAAUACAGAUAAAACAGAAGAUGCUGAUUCUUGCAUAUGAUCAGAAAAAAUUACUCUGGUGAAAAAGUGAAACUGCCUAAACUCAAGGCAAAAAUAGUAUCUUUAUAGCUAACCAUUUGGUAAAUAAGGCAAAUAAAUUACAUUUUUCUACUUUGUACAUUA